UGGUCUCCGAGUCGGCGCCGUGGCAUCCCCAGCCGGCCGGGAGCGCCAUGCUUGGCCGCCGAACGGGUCCCCGCUGGAGAAAGCCCCCGCCAGCGUCUGAAAUCCACGGCCGAGGCAUCGGGGAGGGCAGCGGUCCAGACGCAGCCCCGCGCGCUGGCCUCCGACUGCAGCCCCUCGUGAUCUUUUCAUGGCCGUUCUGGAACACGCUCAGCAGUCCAUCCACAAAAGAUCACACCUUUUAAUCACGGGACAGCCCCGCGGGCGCCGGCACUUGAUCCUGGGUUACCGCGAGGGCGGUGUGGCUCAGGAGAGCGCCCCAUGAGCCGGCGGUGUGGCUCGGGAGAGCGCCACAUGAGCCGCGCAUGUGGAGGCGGGGUGUCCUUAGACAGAGAAACCCAAGCCAUGGAGGGAUUGCUGCAUUACAUCAACCCGGCACAUGCCAUUUCCCUCCUGAGUGCCCUCAACGAAGAACGGCUCAAAGGACAGCUGUGUGAUGUGCUGCUGAUUGUCGGAGACCAGAAGUUUCGAGCUCAUAAAAAUGUCUUGGCUGCUAGCAGCGAAUACUUUCAGAGUUUAUUCACAAAUAAGGAAAACGAGUCACAAACUGUAUUUCAGCUUGACUUUUGUGAACCAGAUGCUUUUGACAAUGUUUUAAACUACAUUUAUUCUUCCUCCUUGUUUGUUGAGAAGAGCAGCCUUGCUGCUGUGCAAGAACUUGGCUACAGCCUUGGGAUCUCCUUCCUCACUAACAUUGUUUCCAAAACACCUCAAGCCCCCUUCCCAACAUGUCCUAAUAGAAAAAAAGUGUUUGUAGAAGACGAUGAAAACAGUUCUCAAAAGAGAAGUGUCAUUGUUUGUCAAAGUAGACACGAAGCACAAGGAAAAACCGUUAGUCACAACCAGCCCGACCUAAGCCAUACUUCCCGGCCCUCGCCUAGCACUGCAGUCAGGCCCAGUGCCCAUAAGCCACAAGUUCCAAAACCAGUUGAGCCUCUUCACAAUUUGUCAUUAACUGAAAAGAGUUGGCCAAAAGAUAGUUCUGUGGGAUAUGCAAAGUCUCUCGAGCACUCUGGAUCUUUGGACGAUCCUAAUAGAAGCAGUUUGGUGAAAAGAAAUGCAGUAUUGCCUUCAAAGCCUCUCCAAGACAGAGAAGCUACGGACGAUAAACCAGGUGUAAGUGGUCAGCUUCCAAAAGGGAAGGCCAUAGAACUGGCUCUGAAGAGACCACGGCCACCUGUUUUGUCUCUCUGUAGCUCAUCAGAGACUCCCUAUCUAUUAAAAGAGAGUAGCAAAGGAAGUGGUCAAGGUGAAGAUAGGAACUUGUUAUACUAUUCAAAGUUAGGCUUAGUGAUCCCAUCCAGUGGGUCUGGGUCUGGAAACCAAAGCAUCGACAGGAGUGGCCCACUUGUUAAGAGUCUCCUCAGACGAUCGCUGUCCAUGGACAGCCAGGUUCCUGUCUAUUCACCCUCCAUAGACCUGAAAAAGACCCAGGGAUCAUCAGCAGUGUCGGAUGAUGCACCAGGGAAUAUGUUAUGUGCUUUAUCUCAAAAGUCAUCUUUAAAAGACUGUGGCGAAAAAGCAGCCCUAGAUGGCAGGCCUCAAGUGCUACAGCCCCGUCGCCUCAGGUCCUUCAGUGCUUCUCAGUCAACAGACAGGGAAGGGGCCUCCCCCGUGACCGAGGUGCGCAUAAAGACUGAGCCCAGCAGCCCGCUGUCGGACCCCUCAGACAUCAUCCGUGUCACCGUGGGAGACGCAGCGGCAGCAGCGGCUUCAGCACCGUCAGUCACAAGAGACCUAUCUCUGAAAAUGGAAGACCAGAAGGACAUGAGCAGGCUCCCAGCAAAAAGGAGGUUCCAAGCAGAUAGACGGUUGCCCUUUAAGAAGUUAAAAGUGAACGAGCACGGGUCUCCUGUGUCAGAAGACAACUGCGAGGAAGGCUCCAGCCCCACUCUCCUGGAGGCAGAUUUCCCAGAUUCUGAUUUGAAUAAAGAGGAAUUUGGUGAGUUGGAGGGGACGAGACCAAACAAAAAAUUUAAAUGCAAACAUUGCCUUAAGAUCUUUAGAUCAACAGCAGGUCUUCACCGUCAUGCUAACAUGUACCAUAACCCAGAAAAGCCCUACGCUUGUGACAUCUGUCACAAGAGGUUUCACACCAACUUCAAAGUGUGGACACACUGUCAGACCCAACACGGCAUAGUGAAGAACCCAUCACCAGCUUCUAGUUCCCAUGCUGUUUUGGAUGAAAAAUUCCAAAGAAAGCUGAUUGAUAUAGUGAGAGAGAGAGAGAUUAAGAAGGCCCUGAUCAUUAAGUUAAGGCGCGGCAAGCCUGGUUUUCAGGGACAGAGUAGUUCCCAAACGCAGCAAGUCAUCAAGAGGAACUUGCGAUCUCGAGCCAAAGGAGCAUACAUUUGUACUUACUGUGGAAAAGCUUACCGCUUUCUCUCUCAAUUUAAGCAGCACAUAAAAAUGCACCCAGGAGAAAAACCCCUUGGAGUACAUAAAGUUGCUAAGCCAAAAGAGCAUGCUCCUCUUGCAAGUCCAGUAGAAAACAAGGAGGUUUACCAGUGCCGCCUCUGUAAUGCUAAGCUCUCUUCUCUCCUAGAGCAAGGAAGCCACGAGCGUCUAUGCCGGAACGCCACCGUCUGCCCUUACUGCAGCCUCAGGUUUUUCUCGCCCGAGCUGAAGCAGGAGCACGAGAACAAGUGUGAGUAUAAGAAGCUGACCUGCCUGGAGUGCAUGCGCUCCUUCAAGUCCUCCUUCAGCAUCUGGCGGCACCAGGUAGAGGUCCACAAUCAGAACAGCAUGGCACCAGCUGAAAACCUCUCUGUGCCAGUUCUGGACCACAAUGGUGACGUGACUGCUUCUUCAAGGCCCCAAGUCCAGCCUGAGCCUCAUAAAGUAAACCAUGUCACCACAAAAGACGACAAUGUGUUCAGUGAUUCAUCAGAGCAAGUCAACUUCGACUCAGAGGAUUCCUCAUGUCUCCCUGAAGACCUUAGUCUUUCUAAGCAGCUGAAAACCCAAGUCAAGGAGGAGCCUGUGGAGGACGCUGAGGAGGAGUCCCCCGAGGCCAGCGUGGCCCCCAGGGAAGCAGGUCCUAGCAAGGAUGCUGGUGUGUGGCCCUGUGAGAAGUGUGGGAAGAUGUUCACCGUGCACAAGCAGCUGGAGCGGCACCAGGAGCUUCUGUGCUCUGUGAAACCAUUUAUUUGUCACGUGUGCAACAAAGCUUUUCGCACUAACUUUCGUCUCUGGAGUCACUUCCAGUCACACAUGUCUCAGGCUACAGAGGAGUCGGGGCGUAAGGAAUCUGAAGUCUGCCCCGUCCCCACAAACUCUCCCUCGCCACCCCCUCUGCCACCACCGCCACCACUGCCCAAGAUCCAGCCCCUGGAGCCCGACAGCCCCACAGGCUUGUCUGAAAACCCAGCUCCAGCCACAGAGAAAUUGUUUGUACCCCAAGAAUCAGACACCCUUUUUUACCAUGCCCCACCCCUUUCAGCGAUCACAUUUAAAAGACAAUUCAUGUGUAAACUUUGUCAUAGGACAUUCAAGACUGCGUUUAGUCUUUGGAGUCAUGAGCAAACACACAACUGAAAGACCAACAUUUUUACCUAUUAAGGGAUGGGGGCAGUCCCCAGAUUUCAACCUGGAUUGUGAAAUGUGCAUAAGUAACAAUAUUUUUUAAAAAAGAAUAAUAAAUGUUGAAAAUUGUUAUGCUUGAA